GCAUGGGUUUGCAAAUUUGCAAAGAAGUUCUUCUUCGAGAUCGAACUUGCCAUGUACCGCACACUAGCGAUGCGGACGGCCAUUACACUUCUGCUGCAAUCUAUCGCUGUUUGGUGUGCUCCGGUGACAUUCAAGGUAGGCCUUGGUGGUCUCACCGUGGCUCCGCAAGGUGUCCACGUGGCCGGAAGUUUCCAAGAUUGGAAUCCUUCAUCCACAGCCCUGGAGGAUGCUGAUAUGGAUGGGACUUUCGAAAUCACAUUGGAUCUAGCAGCUGGUCGUCACGAGUUCAAAUUCAUCAAUGGCAAUAGCUUUGAAGAAGCGGAGACCGUUCCUGAAGCCUGCAGUGAACUGGACUCGAAUAACUUCAAUCGGUACAUAUCGGUGGCAACAGAUGGUCUCCCACAGGAAGUCCACGUUUGCUUUGGAGCUUGCAGCCCUUGUGGAGAGCUGCCAGCAUGCGAAGAAUUCAAUUGUCCAGCUGGAUUUGCAUUGAACAUGGCUACACUGAAGUCUGCAGGCAGUUCUCUUGCCACAUGCUGUGAGGACUUGACAGGCUCAGCACUGCACGGUGUGGCGGUGCGAAGUGCUGGCUGGUCUGAUGGAAACCGCGCUGAGUUUUGGAUGAAUGGCGACCUGCUAUACGCAACUGGCACACGGGGUUUGACUGUGGUUGAGCUGCUGCCAAACAGCUCCACAGUGGUACUGAACAAAACCUUCGAUACCUAUUCUGACUCGUCGGAAUUGGAAGCCUACUUGUCUUCCCUGGCCGUUGGGCACAUCAUUCUCGUUGGAGCUGCAGAUGAAGCGUCAAGCAGCCUGAGUCCUGAGGCGAGGGUGCUGUUGGCUCAGUGCGGAAGUCAACUAGCUGCUGAGAUCGGAUACAGGAGUUCCUAUGCGCUCAUCGGUCAGAAAUAUCCUACGGAUGGGCCACCUUUGGCUGAGGUGCACACCGCAGCUGGUGAAGGGAAGGCCAUCGCUGUGGCCCGCCUCAAGGUGGUUUCCAGCUUUGAGGAGGUGUCCCAUUGCGAGACUGACAUUGCUGAACCGCCUAUGUUUGGGACCCUCGAAGUUGACGGCAACUUCAAGUUGGAUGCGGGAUGUCGAUACAGGGUGUGGGAACUGCCAAACGCAGCGGCAUGUCUUGGAGGAUCCUGGGUGGUGGUCACUGGCUCCUCCAAUGCGUUGCUGAUGUGGAACUCUUUGCUGAUGAUGCUCGCACCUUCAGAGGCCGGACUCAUGCGCAGAGGGCGCUUCGGAGGAGCGCAUUUGUUGGAUGCCGUCAUUGAAGAUGGUGUUAUCAUUCAUUAUGAGACUGUCAAGUCAUGGCUGGAUACGUGCGACCAAAGCACCCCAAGUGGUGCCCCGAAUGAAACUGAAUGCAGGAUGGUCUAUGCAGAGACCCUGGCCAAAGCACCAGCACACAGUCCCAACAGGAUUCGAUUGACGAUGUUUUUGUCCUUCUACUGGGCCAGGACUGGCACCGCCUUGGACCUCAUCGAAGCUCAAGACGCCUGGGCCAUGAGUGAGGUCAGCAUUUUGGUGCAAGUGGUGGCCUGGUAUGUGGUGUGCAAUGGGAUCAAAUUCAAUGGCUGCCACCGUCCCAAUCUCAUCGAUUUGCCAGAGGAUGAGGUAGCGACAAUGUUCACAAAUGAGAUGGAGCCAGUGCUCAAUCGAAUGCUGAUGUUUUGCUCACCAGGUGGACGUGCAGGAGUUCGAGGUUGUGCUGUAGCCACCAACUCCUUCACAAACGCUGGAAGUCCCUUGCUGGACAUGUUCUUGCGCUUCAACGCACUGGUGACUCAGGCCAUGGAUGCAAAGAAGACAGACAGCUUCCGGUAUUUGGAUAUUUUUGCACUCGGCGCCUCCAUGCCUGAUGAGACGCUGGAUGGCCACGGUUCCCAGAUCCUCCAGUUGUGGACAUGGCAGGCGCUGCUAGGGGGCUUUUGUUCCAGUUCUUCUGCGGCCACUGGCAGCCAAGUUCGCUUCGAUGGGCCCUUGUGCUGGCGAAAAACCGCCACUGACCUCGAGAGCUGCAAGGCGAUGUCAAACUAUACGGGAGGUGUACUUUGGCAAUGCAUGAACAGUCGGUUGUGCACCCUCUCAGUUGUCCCGCCAUUGAUCACCACCCCCAGCAUUACGACAACUUCUGAAAUGCCCUACAGGUUUGAGCCAGUUGAUGGUGGUAACAACAGGGCUUGCCGAGGCAACAGCCCAAGCGACAACUCAGCCAAUUACUAUACAGUUGUAUCCGGAAUCAGCUCAGUGGAGGCCUGCGAGGAGCAAUGCAUCCUAAAGGAGGACUGUGUGGGCAUCGAGCACAGCGGAAGCCGCUGUGAGGUUUGGACCCGUCCGGAUGGCAUCGCUGCAUCCAUUUCUUUGGAUGGCUUCACUUGCUUGCGCUUGGUGACAAGUUUGACUACCACGACGGAUCCAAUUUCACUCGACUUCGAGCCGGUUGAUGGUGGGACUGGCCGUGCCUGUCGUGGAGCCACAGCGACUGACAAUAAUCCUGGCAACUAUGACGUGAUUCAAGGGGUUUUUCGUCUUGGCGAUUGCCAAGCAGCAUGUGUUCAGGCGCCUUCAUGUGUGGGCAUUGAGUUCAGUGCUGGUCGAUGCGAAGUAUGGACCCGCACGGACGGAAUUCAAGCGACCAUCGCACUGGAUGGCUUCACCUGCAUGAGCUAUCGUUCAAGUUCAAACAGGCGAAAGCUCUUCUUGGCUCCCUAGAGGCUCAAUCUCACAGGCGCUGCACGAGCUCAGCCACAAGAAUGCCUGUGUGUGUGGGUCUAUGUUUACAGCGUUUUGCAGCAGGAAAGCAUCUGCCUACGUCCACCAAGAAUCCAGCUUUUUGUCUUGGUGGAGGAAAUGGUAGCACAUAUGCCAGUGGUGUGAUAUUGAGAUCCAAGCUUACAGCUUGCACUCUUAAAGAUUGCCUGUACAGUGUCCAGGCCUCAUGGCUCCAGCGCUCAUAGUCGGGGCUGCAUUUGUAUAGCAAUGGCGGCCUAUCUAUUUUGCGCUUGAUCCGUGCGGAUAGGGUUGGGUCUAGACCAUGCCUUCGCGACAAACA